AAGCUUGUAUAAUCUACUUUGUAGUUUGUUAACAUACAGUUGAUUUUUAUAAAGACACUUGGUGACUCUUUAUUGUUUGAUUAAAUGGCAUAUGCAUGUAUCAAAAUUUUCAUUACACUUUGCAACAAUUAAUCUAGCUACAAUUCAUACAUCAUUAAAUAAUUUGUGGUGCUUUUAUUUUUAUGUUAAUUUUCUUGCUGUGAACUGCAACAUGCUAAAAAUUAAUUUACUUGUUAGUCAUUCUUAUGGGUGGAACAUGCAAUAUGCUGUAUUAAAAGCAAUAUUGAUAGGUUCAAAGUCAUUUGAAUAUGUUACAGUGGAAGAGAUGUUAGCUGAGCUUGUUGAUUUGUUAGCAGGAAAUGCUCCAAUUAUUUCACAAUUUACUAAUGAUGCCUUUUUAUCUGGUCUCAUUGUUGAAGCCACUGGAUGUACUCCAUAUGAAAGAGCUGACAAAAUUUUCUCUUCAGUACUAGCAACACUAAAGUUUCAUCCUAAUCCCAGGAGAGUUUUUUCUUCUCUCAUAACUUCACUAAAGAAAGUAGGACUAAAUGACAUGGCAUUUAAGCUAAUCGAGAAUUUAAGAAUUAAAGGUGGUCAUAUUGACCAUAAUCCAGAGCACUAUCAUACAGAGCAGCUCAGUUCAAGUAGUGAAUUUGAAGUUGCUAGCAAUAUAAAAAAUGUUUAUGCACAGGAAAAAUUUGGAAUUAAAAGUAGGGCUUUUAAACUAAUGGACAAAUUAAGAAUAAGGCGUAGUCGUAAUUAUCCUAAAUUAGAGCAGCAACCACUAGUCAGUAAACAACCAAUUCAAUCAGUGGAUGUCACUGCACAGUCUCACACAUCAGGACUAAUGGCAAUCACUGAAUCACAAUCAUCUACUCCUACUACUGUUAUUGAGCUCUGUUCAAAGAGUGAAGUUGCUACCAAUAUUGGAAGUCUUCAUUGUCAUUUUGUAUCUCUUGAUACUAAUAUAAGAGAUGAGUUUAAGAAGCUGGUGAAAAAUGAAAAAGUGGAGCUUAAAGCAGUAGCUUCUAGUGCAGCUGCUUAUUUGAGCAUUGAAGUAACCACUUUGAGAUAUAGUGACCAAGUUGAUGAAUUAUUUGAUUCUCUUCAGGCUCAUUAUGAUUUUUUAAAUUGUGGUUUACUCAAACACUUAACAGACACUUUCCUUUCAAUUGCACAAACUGAAUUAACACAAUACAUCGAUAGUGUUGAUAAAAUCUCAGAAUCAUCACAAUUAAAGCACAUAUGGUCAGCAAUCAAAGAGAAUUCAUCAUUAUCAGAAGCAGCCUCACCAACCACUAACUAUCAAACAAAACUAAUCAACGUUAAAUUGAGUGACAGAUGGAAAGAAAUGACAUUAAGUACACUCAAAGCAGUUCUCAAGUACUAUUUUGGAGUAAUGUCAGAUCUUUUUAGUCAUGCUAGUUUUGAUUAUGGUUCAUUUGUUGUUACUUUCUUAUUACCAGCCUCACAGUCACAGUCUCUUGUUGAUAUAAUCAUUGACAAAACAAAUUCAAUGAGUAGACUGGGCAUAUUGGAAGUUGUUGUUGACAACACAAUAAUUCCGAUGAGAAAAGAAGACAAUACUGCAAGUUUUAAUGCUUCACUUCAUCAAUCAGUUAUUCUUGGUGCUAGCUUUGAAGUGUCAAUACUGCUGCAGUUAGGAGCUGAUCCUAACAGCAAAAAUGAAAAAGGAAAAAGUGCAGUAGAGAUAGCUAUUGAAGAAGGGCACACUCAUGUAAAAUUCUUCUGGAGGGUGAGUUAAUAAAAUACAUGUGAUUCAGUUGAGCUUAAAAUACACUUUACAUGCAUCCUUAGUCAAUUUAGAUAAUAGAUCCAAAUGAAUUAAUUGGGAAUGAGCAUAUAGUAAGCUUCAUGUCACGAAAUAUUUUGUUCUAGAGUAGAAAAUGGCCUGACCAUAAUUGGCUAAACCCACCUUGCAAUGUCACUUGUUAUAUACCAGUAACAGUUUUUAAAUGUAUAUAUCAAUUUACUAUUAGUAUUGCUGUAAGCCUGUUCCUCUUUUACAUUAAUAAAUUACAAAGUAAUCAUUGAGUUGUUUGUGUAGAUUAGCCAUGCUGACAUAAGUACUUGUUCCAAACUUGAAUAUUUUAAUGAAACAUUAAUUAAAAUGGCAACAAACUGUAGGCUACUAGCACAUUGAACAGUGACAGUUACUUAGUUACUGGAUUUUACCAAAAGGAACGUUUAAGGGUGGAAUAAGCAGUAACAUACUGUAACAAACAUAUGCAUGGGGCAUGGGGGCCAACGAGGGUAACAGGAAUAAUGAGAGUAACAAGGAAAAACAGGGGUAAUGAGGGUAACUGGGGUAACGAGGGUAACACGGGUUAGUAACGAGGGUAACAGGUGGUAUAUA